AUGCGAUACGACGGAACGGUAUGGAGCAGUAUUCAUGGACGAUUACAUCAAUUGGUGAUAUCGGGUAUGAAGGAUUACGAUUUUGGUAGCAGUCGAUACAGGAGAUGUGGCAUAAUGAUACAGCUAUACAGUAUAACGCAUAUACGAAUGAAACAGAAUGAGGAAAUUGGGAGUAAUAUUGGAAAUAGCAGUGGUGAUCGAGUGUGA